AUGCGGGGCACUAAAUUAGGUGUAUUUGCUUUAACUGUGUUUUGUUUAUUUGCAAGAAACUCUUUGGGAUUAUCUCCAGUUAUUUUAAUACCAGGAGAUGGUGGAAGUCAACUGGAAGCUGUAUUAAAUAAAUCUGAGGUUGUCCAUUAUAUAUGUGCAAAAACAUCCAAUGAUUAUUUCAAUAUUUGGCUAAAUUUAGAACUUUUGGUGCCAUUUGUGAUUGAUUGUUGGGUGGAUAAUACUAGAUUAGAUUAUGAUAAUGUAACAAGGACCACAAAAAAUCCUCCUGGUGUAGACAUAAGGGUGCCGGGAUGGGGAUACCCUGAGCCAGUGGAGUGGUUGGACCCGUCCCAUGAUUCUGAGGGUGCUUAUUUUAAUAGCAUAGGUGAUGCUCUAGUCAAAAUAGGAUAUGUAAGAAACCAAUCACUUCGUGGUGCACCUUACGAUUUUAGGAGGGCACCAAAUGAGAAUGGGGAAUUUUUUGUCAAAUUAAAAUCACUUGUAGAAGAAACAUAUAACAUGAAUAAUAAGUCCCAAGUGACUCUGCUGGUACAUAGUAUGGGUGGGUCAAUGGCUCUACAUUUCCUGAGACUGCAGUCACAGGCAUGGAAGGAUCAGUAUAUAAGAAGAUUGCUGUCUUUGUCCACACCCUGGGGUGGAGCUAUGAAAGCAUUGAAGGUGUUUGCUAUUGGGGACGACCUGGGUUCUCUCAUGCUGCGCGAAAGUACAAUGCGUACGGAGCAGAUCACCUGUCCCUCACUCGCGUGGCUGCUGCCUUCGCCUAACUUCUGGAAGCCUACUGAAGUGCUAGUGCAGACUGAUAAGUUCAACUAUACCAUCAACGAUUUACAAAAGCUGUUUACUGACAUGGACCUUCCAAAUGCGUGGGAGAUGCGGAAAGACACGCAACAAUUCACUCAAGACUUCUCAGCGCCAGGAGUCGAAGUACACUGCGUCUAUGGGUACAACAUAUCUACAGUCGAAAAACUCGAAUACAAGCCAGGCACGUGGCUGGAUGGCUACCCAACGCUGAUAAUGGGAGACGGCGACGGCACCGUCAAUCUACGAUCUCUUAGCGCUUGCGAGCACUGGGCGAAGCGGCGAGGCUUCACAACGCUCAACAAGAACAAGCCAAUUAAAUCCGUGCCCUUAAAGCAAGCGGAACAUCUGAAGAUACUCCACGACCCACGAGUACUGGACUAUAUCACUACGGUAAUGAAGAAUGAUUAA